UCGUCGUUUUCGUCAUUAAUCGUCAUCGUCGUCGUCGCUGUGUUUUUAAAAAUCGGUUUUAUACAUCCACGCGUCGGUUCAAAAGUUUAUAUCCGCAUGUCAUCGCGUUUGUUAACAAAACAAAAACAAUAUAGCAAAAGAAGAGAAAACAAAGAUCCAACGACAACAACAACAGUAAUAAAACCAACAAAGGAACGAACGAAAAUAUUUAUAAACAACUGACAUCAUCCCCUUCCAACCGACAACCCUCUGUCGUGAAACCGAAUGAACUCUACUGCUGCUGCACUCACCUUGAAUUAAUUCACAAUAUUAAAUUCGAAUAAAAGUUUUAAUCGUAAAGAACUGGAGAACAAAACUUACUGUGUGUAAUUGUAAAAUUUAUCAUACGUAACUGUAAAAUAUUAUUACAAGGAAAAAAAAAACGAAGACGACGUCGACGAAGAAACACGAAGAAGUUACGGUAGAGAUUAAAACUGUCGUCUCAAUUUUGGGAAGGAAAGAAAUCAGAAGUUUUUGAAAAGUGUAAAAAUUUGAACAAAUCAAAGUAAAUUUAAACGAAGAAAUACGAUAAAAUUAAUUUCUAAAAAAAAUUGAAUACAAAAAAAAAAUCAAUUUUUCUAAACGAUCGUCUUUCGAUCAUAUAUUGUACAAUAAAUUUCCGCGCGUACGGACAUUUUCGGCCUUUUUAAAACGAAGAGAAUUAUUGACAAAGAGAAAAAGAAUAAGAAAAAUAUUAUUAACGAUAACAAUAGUUUGAAUAUUAAUGAUAAUACUAAUCUUAAUGAUAAUAAUUACAUUGAAUAUAUCAACAUUAACAAAUAAUAAUUGUAAUAACGUUAGUUGAUAAGAAUAAGAAGAGGAAGAAAAAGAGGGCAAACUUUUCUAAAUCAUAAAUGACACGUAAUAACCUGCAGUUUGGAUUCAUACUACAGUGGUGAUACGGAAUAAAAUAUGAAAUCGUGGGAUUGGUUUCCGAAUCAUUCUGAACAAUUCGAGGCAAUUGUCGAUGAAGAGACCGCGAUCCGUCUACUCGGUAUGGACUUGCCGCGUGAAAAUUAUCAGUGAUGAUCGCAUCAAAUAAUUGAUAUAUAACAUACAUAGGAAUAAUAAUAAUAUACGUAAUAACAAUAGUAAUAACAAUAAUAACAAUAAUAUACGUAAUAACAUAUGAACACAAACCGACGAUACACAUAAUUAGAUUAAACGAAUUUUAAAAAAAUUUUCUUUCCCGGUUUAUUAGCGAUGUAGUUUUUUGGGGGACAUAGUGCGAAAAACUGUUACACAUCAUUGUCCGUACAAUUGAACAUACAGCCACAGAUUUGCGAAUGAAUGAAUAACAACAACAGUAAUAAUAAUAAUAAUAACAAUAAUGACAGCAAAGAUUAAAAAACUAUAUAUCAAUAGAUCACGUAUUGGUGCUUUUUAGUUAUUUAGUUUAAUUUUCUAUUAGUUUAGUUCCAAUCGAUCGUUUGAUUUGUAUAUUUUCAUUAAUACGCAUAUUAUAUCAGAAUUAUCAUAUUUAAGGGGAUAUAUUCUGUGUUACACGCGACUAGCUGAUGAACUUUUAAAACAACUUUAACGACGAUAAAGAAACAAAAGAAAAAAAGAAAAAAAAAGGAAAGCUUGAAAAGCUUAGCCGAUUAGAGUUUUGUGUCACACGUGCUCUUGGAUAACGUAUUUAACCGACUUUCGAUAAGAAAUAAAACGUAUAUGAAGCCGUAACAGGGAGAGCCGGCUGGUGCGCACAAGAGGAUAAACGAAGGGGACUGAAUUUCUCGGACGACUCGAUCCAGCCGCGGAAGAAAAAUCUAGGGACAAAGCGGCGCGAUAAUUGCCUUUCGUUAUUUUCGGGAGAGAAGAGGAAAGUGGACAUUUCUCGGACGAGCAGGUCAGAGCUAGUAGGCGAAAAGAGGGAAGCGGGGCGAUUAGCCCUUUGGCGAGGUCGAAGGAUGCAGCUCCCAGGCGGGAGCAGCAGAAGUCCACAGGCACGACCUCCUGCCUCGUACUUGCCGUCGUCAACCCUUAACAACCUCAUACCUCUGAAUCACCUAGAGUCCACGACGAUACGACACAAAGUUUCUAAACAUCACCAGCUGCAAGCGUCCACCCCCCGUCACAAGGAGUGGGGAAAGGAAUAGGGGAUAGAGAAAGCAGGUGCGAGCGAGAGACCGGGAGAACUCUCCGAAAGCGGGAAGAGGGACGGAGAGCCGAGAGGUGGAAGGUAGAUAGAGAGAGAGAGAGAGAGUGAGAGAGUGAGAGAGAGAGAGAGGUGGAAUCGGAAGGAGAAGGAAGAGAAGAAAGAGAAAGAGACGCGGGUCUGCUCGGUAGGGGUGGUUAAAAAAAAGAGACCCAGGGGUGAGAGUCGGAGGAGACGAGGUUUGCAGCCGUUCGGGCUCGGAGCUCGGAGGGGCUUAUCGAGUGUGACGGGGUGGGGGUUAAAGAAGCCCUGGCGGGGAAAGGAAAGGAGGCCUUCGGGGGGCCGACCAACCAGACGGCCGAUGAUGUCAUCGGAGGAGGAGACUGACUGUUUCGCCCUCUACGGAGCAACGACGGAUAGCAAGCAACAGCAGCAGCUUCUGAAGAAGCAGAAGCGCACCAGACAGCGCGUGGACGCCGGCGAACCGCGCAACAGCUACUCUAGUAUUCCAAACUUCAGUUCACGUCCGUCCUUCUUGAGCGGCGGUCUUUACGGAGCGAUAUUUAGUAGCGGGCCCCAGCAUAUACCGAGCGGUGGAGCCCAAGGGGCACAUUUACCAGCAGUAACGGGGCCCACCAGCCAACACUCCGCGCAGCACGCCGCUGCCUUUGGAUUUUUUGGAACACCGGGGUUUGGCCCCGCCAAAAUGCUAAACGAACUGCUGGGCAGGCAGGUCAAGCAGGCGAGCGACGCCGGCAAUUCGCCACCCGAGGGUAGCCACGUGAUGACCGGUGCCGGGAUGGACUCGGCGUCGAGUCUUCAGCCCGGUGCUGUUAACUGCGACGAUCCAGCCACCGCCGCCGAAAUAACGCAACACAUGCUCCGCGACAUACUGCAGGGUAGAAAGCUCGCCGCCCUUUCGAUCCAACCGGAACAACCGACGAAUAACAAUUCGAUACACAGUAACAACAACAACAACAACAACAACAACAACACCAGUGCGGAUAUGCUCAAGUCGCAACAACACCAGCAACAACAGCAACAAAACAAUUCCCAGCAACAGACUACGAACGGCAAUAGUGACCUUAGUGCGCGUAGGUCGAGUGGUGCUCCGUUGGGUACGGUGCAAAGUGGUGGGGAAGACAGUGCUGACGGUAACAUGUUAACAUCUAAUCACAAUGAACGGGACGUGGUGAUGCCCGCCGAUGCCGAGGACAGUGCCGAAGACGCCGCUUCCGCGGCAAGAGCGAUGGAGGAGGCAUUCGCGGAGGCUGGUAUGGAACCCGGUGCUAAUCUCGACGGUAGCGACUGCGAGCAGAGUUUACCCCCGAGUCCAUCGGCACCCAGAUCGGUCUCGGUGUCGGUGAAAGAGGAGCUUCAAGAGUCGAGUGUCGUGGUCACCGGUGGAAGCGCGGGGGUUGUCCAAGUACCGAGUGUCAAACGUAGUCCAAGCCAUUCACCUUGUCCAGUUGUACCGAAGACGGAAGCCAACUCCCCGUCGACCGAGAUCAAGAGAGCGAGGGUUGAAAACAUCGUGAGCACGAUGAGGUGCAGUCCCGCGCUGCAACCGACACCGGUGAACGGUUGUAAAAAGCGUAAACUUUACCACCCCCAACAGCAGCAAGUCCAUCACGUCCUACAGCAUGGCGUAGUCGACGUGAUGAUGGACGAGGACGAGGACAGCGACGAGGACGAAGACCCCGCCAUGAUAAGACAAAAACGGGUUGAAAAAGAUGCCCUCAAAUCGCAACUUAGAACCAUGCAGGAGCAGCUGGCUGAAAUGCAACAGAAGUACGUUCAGCUCAGUAGCAGGAUGGGUGCCGAGGCCGGAGAAGGUGCCGAGGCGCCAACGAGUCCCCAACAACAACCCCAACCACCUCCGAGACCACCGCGUCCCCACCCUCCACCGUACAACGGACUGCCAACGCUGACAUCCGAACACCCGCACGCAUCGGCAGCGGCGAUGUACAUGGGACAUAAAAUGUACCUUGAACAACAACACGCCGCACUCGAGAGGAUGAAACAACACCAAGAAGCCGCCGUUAGACAACAACAACAGCAACAGCAACAACAUCAUCAGCAACACGCGCAGCAACAACAACAUCAACACCAACAACAGCAACAACAGCAACAGCAGCAACAGCAGCAACAACAACAACAACAGCAGAAUUCGCCGCAGCCGGUCGGACAGAGAGAAUCACAGCCGAGACAGGAUACGUCGAGUACAGCACCUGGAACACCUCAGACGCCUAUGCAGAUGUCAACGCCGAUACAGCAUCAUAAAGAAUUUCAGGACAGAUUGAACGUCUUCAGAGGUUCGGCGGGAGCAUCGGCGAACCAAAUGAGCGGAGCCGAUCUCGAGGGACUCGCUGACAUUCUAAAGACGGAGAUAACUUCGUCGUUAACAAACCUAAUAGACAGUAUAGUGACGAGGUUCGUUCAGCAGAGGAGAUACAUCGGCAAACAGUGCGAGGCUGCUCACGCAGCGGCUGAACAACUUAAUAAGGACCUCCUACUGGCGAGUCAAUUAUUAGAGGGGAAAUCACCGCGCACCAAGGUCGUAGAUCGAGGAGCAGCACCCCAACCGGCCGGUGGCCCAAACGGAUCGAGGGGGGCCUUAAACGGCGGACCCCCACCUUCUCAGCCACCGGGGUUUCCGCAAAUCGGACCCUUGGGACCCCACGGACCGCACUCAGGACCAAUGGAGAACAACCUCAACCAGAUAAACCAACUCCCUCCACUCCUCAGAGGCACUUCAAUUUUUCAACCGCCAAAACCUUCUUCGAUAUACGCUAUGCAGGCGUCUAUGCAGGCCCAACAACAACAUCAACAACAGAAGGAACAACAACAAAGGGAACAACAGCAAAGGGAACAGUAUUGCAACAUGAGAAACGCCGACGACAGGGAAAGCAGGGACGCUGAGCAGAACGAGGCUCUUUCGCUCGUAAUGACGCCGAAGAAAAAACGCCACAAGGUAACCGACACGAGGAUCACACCGCGUACAGUGUCCCGAAUUUUGGCCCACGAGGCGAACAGCCCUCAGGUCGGAUGCGAAAGUCCGCCACCUCCGCCACCCCCGAGACCGUACCACGCACCCCCACCAAUGCUACCUGUAACGCUUCCAACGAGCGUCGCGAUACCAAAUCCCAGUCUCCACGAGAGUCAAGUGUUCUCACCCUAUUCACCAUUCUUCAAUCAUCACGGUAGCCAUCCGGGUCAGGUACCGCCACCGGGACCUCAUCACUUACCCGCUAGUCCUCCCGGGGGUGGCGUUGAACUCAGGGAUUCACCCCCGCUACCUCAUCCACCGGCGAUGCUUCACCCCGCGCUUCUUGCCGUGGCGCAACAUGGAAGUCCGGAUUACGGUCAACUGAGGAUGGACAGUAACGACAGGGGGAGCGAUUGCAAUUCGGGAGACAUCAGCUACGACGGAAUUCAGCCUACAUCGUCGACGUUGACUCCGAUGCACCUGCGUAAAGCGAAGCUGAUGUUCUUCUGGGUGAGAUACCCCUCAUCCGCUGUCCUAAAGAUGUACUUCCCAGACAUCAGGUUCAACAAGAACAACACCGCCCAGCUAGUAAAGUGGUUCUCCAACUUCAGGGAGUUUUACUAUAUUCAAAUGGAGAAAUAUGCGAGACAAGCCGUCGCGGAGGGCAUCAAAAAUGCCGACGAUCUUCACGUCGGUGGCGAUUCCGAAAUAUACCGGGUCCUCAACCUCCAUUACAACCGCAACAACCACAUUGAGGUAUGGGGUCCUCAGGUACCAGGUAACUUCAGGUACGUCGUCGAGCAGACUUUGAAAGAAUUUUUCAAAGCACUUCAGGGUGGUAAGGAUUCGGAACAAUCUUGGAAAAAGUCAAUCUACAAGGUUAUAUCGAGGUUGGAUGACCCGGUCCCCGAGUACUUCAAAAGUCCAAAUUUUUUGGAACAACUAGAGUGAGUGGAAGCCGGUUAUCCUCUUUGGGCUUCUUGUUUCACGGACGCCCCGAGAUUGUGCGGAAGGAUAACGCUUAGUUAAUGAUCCACGAUGAUCCCGCCGCGCUGAAACCAAGUAACGAAACAAUUGAAACAAACAAGAAUAUAUUAUAUAUAUACAUAUAUAUACGCUCACCAUUUCAAAAAUGUUAACAAUUAUAUCGUCGAAUGUUCAUUGACCUACACGAAACGAAGAGGAAGAAAAAAGAAAAGGAAAAUCGUUAAGAAAUACGGACGAAUUGCAAUUGAGCUGCAUUCUUCUUCCUCUUCUUCUUCUUUUUCUUAUUCUUCUUCUUCUUCUUCUUCGGAACGUCGAUGAUCCUUCUCAGGGGUGAUUCCCUGGAAGCGCCUAAGGUAUCCUUAGUACAUAUCCAAAUCGGCCAGACCAAAAACUAAACUAUGAUAUAACUAACAAACAAAAAACAAAAACAAAAAAAAAUAUAACAUUACUAUUACUAUUACUACUAAUGCUAAUACUACUAGUACUAAUAAUACCUGUCUUCUAUUCUACUGUUACCGCUACUACUACUACUACUACUACUAUUUACCGUUAAUAAAUAAUGACAAAGAAUUGAGACGGUAAAAACGAAAAAAAAAAAACACACAAAAUACCAAUGAAGGCGACUUAACAAACGCGCGCUAAUAUAUUAAAAAACGGGAAAUAAGCAUAAGGUAAGAGAGAUAGACAAAAGGUAUAAUAAUAACGCGAAAUAUGUUACAAGAUGAAAAAAAAAAAAAUACCGAUUAACCAUCGGCGCUUUUUUCAUUUUUCUUUUUUUAGAGAAAAAUAACCAAACCAAAAAACCAACAAAAUCGAAGAAAUGAAAAUAAUAAAGAAUAUUAACAAUAACGAUUCACGAUAGUAAUAAUAAUAAUGAUUGAACAAAAUCUCUCACUACUAUAUUGUUAUACUUAAAAAAUUAUUUGUUUUUUUUUUUUUCGAAAAGUAAAAAACAAUCUCAUCGUAUGACACGUGAGAAGAGAUGAAGAGUCAGGAGAUAUACAGACGACUAUACACGUGGUAUAGGUACAUGGGAAAAAUGAAAAAGAAACCAAAAAUUAUGAUCGAUACAAUAAUUGUAUAAUUGAUAACGUCAAUUAUACAAAAAGCAAAAACCAGCCACAGCAAAAACUCAUGAAAACCAACAACCACAUACAUACCAAAAAACUACGCGUAACAAAUAGAAAUUAAAGUAACCAAAAAAGGAAAAACGAAAGAAAUCAGUAAAACGGAAAGAAAGAAAUGAAGAAUAGAAAAACGCGCACACACUAAUUGCAAGUGUAAAAGAAGCCCACCGUGUCAAGUUUGUUUUGUCAGUUUGUUACCUAGUAAUUCGUUACCACCUAAAAAUCUAAGUUAUAUAUUUAUAAAUAAUGCGUCAGGUUUAGAUCCUUAGCAUUGAUAAGUGUACAACCGUCAUUGAUAUGACACUAUAGUUGCACUGUCAAAGAAAAUAAAAAAAUGGUAAGCGUGCGAGACGAAGGAUGAAUGUGAAAAGUAAAAAC